GCCGCUCCCCUCGGGGUCGCACCGCGGGGCUCACGGCAGCCGGACAGCAGGGUCCUGGGGACAGGACCUGUCUCUCCCACGCCUCCGCCUCCCCCAAGGCUCACUGGCAGAUUUUUUCCCCCUUUUCAGUGUUCAGCCAUUACCACCAGUGCAACCUCUCAGCCAUGGCAAAGCUGCUUCUGUUUGAAUCACAUUCCUCGGCACCCUGCAGGCUCCGUUUGGAAAGUGCCGUAUUAACAGACACACACAUUCUGCUCAGCUUGGGUCUGGCAGUUUGAGAGGCAAAGACCACUUCCCACCAUCCAUGAACCAUGACGUUGCUGGGAGCAUUACAUUGACACAAGCUCUAAAAUAAAAUCCUGCUUUAUUAUUAGUUACUCUUUCAGAGCAGGAUUUUUGGCACUGCACAAAGGGAAAAGCAAACACAGGCUGUGUUUGGGAGAGUCCUGCUGUCAUUUCUUUAGGCACAAGAUUAGUCUGAAAUGUGACUCACAGGAGAUGGAGUCACUCACACGACAGCACUCACGUUUGGUCCCUCUGACAAAACCAAACCAAUCCUGACCAAGGGAAAAGCCUGAGGGAAUCAAUCUGGUCAGAUCCAAAGGGAAGAAUCCCCACGAGAUUCGCUGUUCCUCAGCCUGGCAGCAGCGGUGACACAGCCAGAAGCAAACCCUUGCUGAGCUCAAGGCUGUGCACCAGCACCAUCUUUGGCCAGGGCAGAGCCCUCGGCCCGUCCCUGCAAGGGGACACAGGACAGAGCUCCGGCUGCCCCAGGAUGAUCGUGUGGAGCAGCUGCCAACAUCACAUUUCUGCAAGUUGCUUAGGAACACAACUGAGCUCAAACAUACAGGGGCAGGAACACAGAUUCCUGCUCUGAAUAUUUACAAUGAAAAUAAAUUUUUUAGGCAUUGGCAAAUAACCCAGGCUGAUGUUCCAGAAUAACAACACGCAAAAAGGUUUCAUAUUUAAAACAUGAUACAAGGAGAACAGAGCACUGGUCUCACAGCCAACAGAAAGGAGAUAAAACAACACAAAUACUGGCUGCGUAAGUUAAUUAAUGGAGCUUCCAUGUGUGCUUCCUUCAGGUUUUUGAACAUGAUAGCAAAACCUACAAAAUGUGUGGCAUUUUCCAGGGGAAAAAGCAAACCCCAUGGCACCAAACACCUUUUGUUCUUAAAGGUUAAGCUGAGGAAAGGACAUCAGUCUAGCAACAGAGCAGAAAAGAGAUGACCAAGUGAGGGAGGGCUGGGCAGAAGCAGCUCCAGACCUGCAGAACAUCUGCCAGCCCUGAGGAGCAGCAGCAGAGAUGGGAACAGGGCAGCACUCUCCGUGGAGGAUGGAAACUGGCCAGUGCCAGCAGUGGGGAGCUGGCAGCCAGCAUGGGAUGGGCAUCCCUUCCAUUUCCAUCAUGCUUCAUGAGCUGAUCAAACUGCUGCACCAUGCAAAAUGCCGGGACGUCACUAUUAUCCGCAUCGGUACUUCGGGAGGCUUAGUUUGGCAGCAGGUCACAGGUGUUCCGAGCUCUGGCUUAGCCUCAGUUUCCCUGUGCCCAGGGAUCGAGGCCGGCUCUGUUGUGAUCACGGACACGGCCGUGGACUCCUCGUUCCAGCCGCGCUUUGAGCAGGUGGUGCUGGGGGAGGUGGUGGUGCGGAGCACCGAGCUGGACAAGGACCUGGCAGAGGAGCUGCUUGCCUGCAGCAGGGAGAUUGCAGACUUUCCCACACUCAUCGGCCAUACCAUGUGCACCUAUGACUUCUACGAAGGUCAGGGGAGAUUAGAUGGUGCACUGUGCUCCUUUUCCAGUGAAAAAAAGUUGGAGUACUUGAGAAGAGCUUAUGACGCUGGUGUAAGGAACAUUGAAAUGGAGUCCACAGCAUUCGCUGCCCUGUGUGGGCUGUGUGGUCUCAAAGCUGCCGUUGUCUGCGUGGCGCUCCUGGACCGGCUGGAGGGGGACCAGAUCCGGGCAUCCCACGAGGUGCUGUGGGAGUACCAGCAGCGGCCCCAGCGCCUGAUUGCCGCCUUCAUCCGCCAGCGGCUGGGCCUGGGCCCCGCGGGCCGAUCCCAGCACUGACCCCAGCACUGACCGCGGCACGGGCACGGCAGAGUCACACCGUGCACUGACCGCGGCACAGGCACAGCCUGCCACAGCACGGCCCCUGCUCUGGGAAACGGCAAAGAAACUCGGCCACGCCACACUCCCACGGCAGAGAGCCCUCCACAGCCGAGGGGAGCAGCCACACCCUACGGACACUGCUGUGCAGGCGCUGCAGGCCUCCAGCUCGGCUGCAAUGGCUCCGACACACGUGCAUGUCCAAGGACAGCUCCAACCUCCAACACAGCUGGAAUGACACAUAUGCACACCCAAGGACAGCUCCAAGCUCCAACACAGCUAGAAUGGCUCUGACACACAUGCACACUCGAGGACAGCAGCUCUAGCCAAAAUUUGCACAGAAAACAAGGCUGUGUUACUGAGCUGCAGGUUGUGUUACUGAGCUGCAGGUUCCUCACUCCCAGCUCCACUCACCGUAAAGGACUGUCCUGUUAAGGUCACUCCUGUCCACAGUGAUCCUGUAGGAAGGAGAUCCCUUUGCUUUGGGCAUAAAGCCACAGCCUAAGUAAAUGACAUCCAAAAUUAAUCAGUACUUGUAACCAUUAUUGUUACUGCUGUUACAGAGGCUGUUCAGACUUUCAUUCCUACAGUAUUUAAAGAUGUGACAAACUGGCAGGUGCCAGAGUUUAAGCAUGAGAGGCCGUCUCUGGCUGAGCAGGAGCAGCUUGACCCCUGUCAUAGGGUGGGCAGGUUUGGGCACAGAGACCCUUGUGAGGUAGUGGGAUGAGGAGCACGUAGUGCUGACAUAACCUUGACCUGAUUUCACAUAACUGCAUCUGUUACAUCCAGCAAAUCAUCUGCAAGUGUCUCCACAAGCUGGAAGAGACUGAACUGCACCUGGGUGGAGUGGAGGGGUUGUUCGCAGAGGGUCCCCUAUAGCCUGAAGAAUUCCCACAAAAACACUUUCAGUUCUUAAGGUUCACUAACAAGCUUGCUUCCAAAUUAAUUUGGAACAGUAACUUACAGGAUACUUACAGGGAACUUGCAGGAUAAUUUACAGAAAGUGUUCAAGGCCAGGCUGGAUGGGGCUUGGAUCAGCCCGGCCUCGUGGAAGGGUGGGUGGAACUGAAUGGGUUUUAAGGUCCCUUUCAACCCAGACCAUUUUGGUAUUCUCUGAUAUCAUGAAAACUGGUGCCAUGAAAAAGCAAAUUCCACUUUAUACAAGAAAAGGAGACUGGUUCCUGGUUUCCAUUCCAAGAUGGCUGUUUUUAGGCUCUAACAUUAAUAUGACAGAGAAGAAAUCCCAGGACAGGAGCCAGUGUCUUCCCAGAAUAGAAACACAUUCCUCCAGUCACUUACCAUGCAAUCCAACCUACUAUUCCAACUCAGUUCUGCCAAGUUCAAAGUCUACUUCAGAAACUCCCAUACUAACAGCAAUGUACCUUCAAGCUCUUUGUGAAAGUAAUUUAAAACCUCUCAAGGAAAAGGAAUACUGGACUUGGAUCUCAAAAGAUUUUGCACCACUGAAAUUAUCUUUUAGAUCUGCUUUUAAAGGCAAGGAAAAAAAAUAAUCAACUGCCAUAGGUUUGGGAUGAUCCCUUUCUGGGAAUUGUCCUGCAGCCAGUCUGUUCCUCACAGCAAAGCACUGCUGGUCUCCCCACAGGAACAUCCAGCCAGUUGUGAGGCUGGUCAAGUGCGUUUUAAAAAUAACAAGUUAGCCCAAAGGAGAUACCAAAAUAAAAAGCACAAAUACACAGAGUUGUAAUUUUAGCCCAAACUCACAGAAGCUGAGCCCAGACAACGCAGCUCCCACGGCUCAGGGCAGGCUCUGCAGCAUUUCCCCACUAAAUACCUCAGCUGCCAUCCCGGGGUGAUGCUGCUCCUGGCCCGGCCCUGUGCUCACUCGUGGGGGUCUGUCACACCAGCUGCCCCCCUCUGGCACCCACCUUGGGGUCUCCAGCAGGUCCCAACGCUGUGCCCUGAGUGCCCUGCUCGGGGCCGAGGCCGCGCUCAGGCUGGGAGGGCUUUGCCAGCAGAGUUCUCAGUCUGAGGGGUGAAAACUGGACACACCUGUCUCUGCAGAACUCGGAUGUGACACACUGACACCUGUAAGGCAUUACAGCACCACAUUAAUGAAGUUCCCAUAAUUGCCCAGAGACACAAGUGGGGAUGUUCAGAUCUUUCUGAUAUUCAUCAUCUUUAGAAAUUUCUGGUCAAAGUGCUAAUUUGUAACUUGUUUACAAUCAUUUUAUGCUAUCUUUAUGUAAGGCUUGAAAACAUAAUCAAUUACAAAAGGAAAUAACAUCAAUUUCCCUUUCAGUUAAUAGAAUCAUAUUCAGUAAUGUCAGCUCCAAAAUAAAGAUCCCAGCUCUAA